ACGAGAUCUUGGCAACACGAAAAAAAUAAAACGACAAAAUGUCGGCGAUACCGCUCAGUAGCGCCCUCAUUCUGAUCUCGAUUUUCGGUGCCUUCCAGUGCCAAAUUGUCUAUCGCCCUGUACAAGUUCUUGUACCGAUAAACGGCUCGCAUUUAGCAAGUAAUUAUUCGAUAUACAACCAGACCAACGUCAGGCAGCCAGCGAAUAACGGUUACAAUAAUGGUUACAAUAACGGUUACCAGGCCCCCAACAAUAACCGAACUUAUCCCAUAGGAUUCAGGAAUGAUUCCAGAAAUGGUACUGAGGACGGUAACUUGAUUUUGGGAGCGAUCACCUCGUACGAUCGUUUGCUGUUUGUUGAGACGUACUACAAACCGAGCCGCUGGUGGACAUACAGGGAGAAAGUGAUAGAAUACCCCAACGACCUGCCUGCAGGUUAUCUGAGACACGAGACGAUCACCGCCAUCAGGGCCUACAACCAGUUCUAUGACGGCAACACCGCCAAAGCUACCCUCGUCACUGGAGGGAUAGGCCGGCAGUACGCCAAGAUCCGAAUCGCAUCGAAAUACUCGAAGGGCUUCAGAUUCGUGGUGAAGAUUUACGGCCGUUGAGAUAUCGAUAGUCUGAUUUUUUGACAGUCAUUUAGUAGUGCAAAGAAAUAAG